UGCAGCACCAGCAGAACUAGGAAGCCCUCAGAGGAGCAGGAGGAGGAGGCGACGCUCCAUCGGGAAAGGAAGGGGCCUGGGCAGCCAGGAAGUGGGCUGGGAACAAAAUGUGGAAAGCAACCGCAGGCCACACCAUCUCUGUCAGCCAAGAUGAUGGUGCUGAUGACUGGGAGACAGAUCCUGACUUUGUGAAUGAUGUAAGUGAAAAAGAACAACGAUGGGGUGCAAAAACUGUUCAAGGAUCCGGUCACCAAGAACACAUCAACAUUCACCAGCUGCGAGAAAAUGUAUUCCAAGAACACAAAUCUCUCAAGGAAAAGGAACUUCAAACGGGACCAAAAGCUUCGCAUGGCUAUGGUGGGAAGUUUGGUUUGGAACAGGACCGCAUGGACAAGUCAGCAGUUGGCCACGAAUAUCAGUCUAAGCUUUCUCAGCACUGUUCCCAGGUGGACUCGGUGAAAGGUUUUGGUGGGAAGUUUGGUGUGCAAAUGGAUCGGGUGGACCAGUCUGCUGUGGGAUUUGAAUACCAGGGAAAGACAGAGAAACAUGCUUCUCAAAAAGACUAUUCCAGCGGCUUUGGGGGGAAAUAUGGCGUACAGGCUGACAGGGUAGACAAGAGUGCAGUGGGAUUUGAUUACCAAGGAAAAACGGAGAAGCAUGAAUCACAGAAAGAUUAUUCUAAAGGUUUUGGUGGUAAAUAUGGCGUGGACAAGGAGAAAGUGGACAAAAGUGCUGUUGGCUUUGAAUAUCAAGGCAAAACUGAAAAGCAUGAAUCACAGAAAGACUAUACAAAAGGCUUUGGCGGAAAGUUUGGGAUACAGACGGACAGACAAGACAAAUGUGCACUUGGCUGGGAUCACCAGGAGAAAGUGCAACUACAUGAAUCUCAAAAAGACUAUAAGAGUGGUUUCGGAGGGAAAUUCGGUGUUCAAACUGAGAGACAGGACCCAUCAGCUGUGGGGUUUGACUACAAGGAGAAACUAGCGAAGCAUGAGUCGCAGCAAGACUAUUCUAAAGGAUUUGGUGGAAAAUAUGGUGUGCAGAAAGAUCGGAUGGAUAAGAAUGCAUCCACUUUUGAGGAUAUUGAGAAACUAUCUUCAACAUAUCAGAAGACAAAGCCAGUGGAAGCUGCAAAUACUAAAACAAGCAACAUCAGAGCUAACUUUGAAAAUCUAGCAAAGGAAAAAGAGCAGGAGGACAGAAGGAAGGCAGAAAUAGAAAGAGCUCAAAGAAUGGCCAAGGACAAGCAAGAACAAGAGGAAGCUAGGCGGAUGCUGGAAGAAAAAGCCAAAGCCAAGAAGGAAACGCCUCCUCCGUCUCCCACCCCACAGAAGGUGGAAGAAAAGGUGCCUUCCAGUCCCGUCUAUGAGGAUGCUGUUUCCGUUGAGUCUGGCUACAAGACUUCAGAUAUGAAUUAUUCAGCUGUGCAUGAGCCAGAAACCAACAGCAAAGCUGAAGAGUCUGAUUAUCAAGAAGCAAUCAGUCAGCGGGAACCGCAGUAUGAAAGCGAGACAGCUUAUGAAGCGGCCGGGGCAGGAAACCAGUAUCAAGCAGAUGAAAAUACUUACGAUUAUGAAAAUGACCUCGGAGUAACAGCAAUAGCCCUCUAUGAUUAUCAAGCUGCCGGGGAUGACGAGAUUUCCUUUGAUCCUGAUGACAUCAUCACCAACAUUGAAAUGAUCGAUGACGGCUGGUGGAGAGGAGUAUGCAAAUGCAGAUAUGGGCUGUUCCCUGCUAAUUAUGUUGAGCUGAACAAUAGGAAAUCAUGUCUGCCAUUUAUGCCUUAAUACCACGAUCAUUCAUCUGACUUAUUACACUACAGAUCAUGUUCUUUUGGUGGGGAGGGUGGCUGGGGGGGUCUAUACAUAUUCCUUUUAUAUUUAAGAUACUUUGCAAUGCUUUUACAAAUUUUGGGGCUCAGAAAUUGCUAAUAUAUUGUAACUUGUAUGUUCCCCAGUACGGCCUAUUACCAUAGGUUUUUAAUGCAUUUGGAAAAUGGGGCUUAUCCUUACUCUUUUGCCAAAUUGGUGGUGGUGGUGGUCAUCAUUUUCUGAGGAGUGUUUAGCUCCUCCUCACAGUGUUGCAUGUUUCAUUUUGUAUCUGUAUGUGUACCGAAUCCCAAAGUUUCCCAGAUCAAAGCUGUGCAAGCUUACCCUGCAUUUCCCGGUCUCGGGACUACUGCCAGCAUGGAUACAGGGAGAUGGCCGAAGGCCCCGAGAAUUGCACUGAUGGCAAUUACCCGUCAGGAAAAGUUCUUUUUUCUUUCCUUUUAAAGAUGCUGAUCAUGAGAAAGAUCCAGUGCAGGGGUUGGGCGGGGCGAAUAUCUCUCAUUUUCUUGAGAAGUGUGCAAGCCAGCAGGAAGCUCUCCUGUGCAUCGCACCUCUUGUGGGGCACAUCCAGGAGAUGCUCCCAUCAGGUCAUGCCAUAAACACUCGCUGCCUAUUUUCUUCCCUCCAGAUGUACAUAGAAAAGCUCUCUCUGCCUUCCUGGGACCCCCUUGCUGGCCUUGAGGCCUGUGCUGCCGCUUGCAGUCAUAGGAAGAGCAGGGGGGUGUGCACAGGCACCCUUGUUUCUGCAAACCCUGUUUGUAUGAUUUGGGGGAAUGAGGGUUGUGGAGGGAAAGAAGGCUGUGUAGGAAACCUCUUAGGCAGCCAGAUAUAUUUCAGUCAUAGGAGCAGCUUAAAACCAAGGAGAUCAUCUCUAAGUCUGAGCAAUGCAGCAAACGACCAUGUUUUUAUAUGUCCAGCUGAAACUGCCAGUAACACUUCAACUAAACAGUAUUGGUGUCACUGCCUUUUGCCAAAUGUGAAGCAGAAGCUCUUGCCUCUACAUUACUGGAAUAAGUAAACAACCAGUUAGUUAUUAUUAAUCACCACCCAGGCAUCCCUACCAAAGACAGUCUGUCCAUGUGUUCAGUGUGUGUCCUGUCCAUUUUUGUUUGAAAGAAGAAUUUCAGGGAGGAGCUGAAUGAACAAGAGAGAGAGAGAGAGACUGAGAGAGAGAUGCUUAAGCCCAUUGGAACAUAAAGAUAUUUAUAUCAAAUAGCAGUGUACAGUAGGAAGAAAAGGUGGGGGGAGGGAAGAGGGAGAAUUGGCUAGUUGGGACAAUCUUUAAGGAGAAUGUCACUUUUACCUUACAUUAUCUUUUCCACUGGUUCAUUUCUGUCUCACCACUGCAAUUAAUAGUAUUAUGUUGGGUUGGGCUGGAUUUUAUAUGCAGUUUAUCUUAUCCACUUUUGCAUAGACAUCUCAUAGGAUACAUGAUUCUUGUUUUUCUUUUUGUAAAUUAAAUAUUCAAAUAAAUUUUGGAACCAUU